AUGUCUACCCCUUCGAACGGGCAGCAGCAAGGGGAGGAGUCCCUUGCUGCUCCUGCAGCAGCAGCAGGAGCUGCAGCAGGAGCAGCAGCAGCAGCAGCAGCAGACGGAGCAGCAGCAGCAGCAGCACCUGCAAAGACCGUUCGCAUUUCUUUUAAAGUGUCUGGAGGCACUCACUUCUCCCUGGACGUCCACGAGGAUUGGAGUGUACGUACACUCAAGGAAAAGUGCGAAGAGAACACACAAAUUCCAGUUGCUGCGCAAAGACUCAUCUACAAAGGUAGAAUCUUGAAGGACGAUGACUCCAUCAGUUCCCACGGCCUCAAGGACGGACACAUCAUGCAUUUGGUUAAGAGUGUUGCUGCUGGAGCUGCGAAUACGCAGCAGCAGCAGCAGCAGCAGCAGCAACAGCAGCAGCAGCAGCAGCAGCAGCAGCAGACUCCCGCUUCCACGGCUCCUGCCUCCACAGGCGCUCCGGGCGCCACUCCUGGCGUAGGAGGAAUGGACCCGUUCAUGCAGGCGAUGCUUUCUGGAGGUACUUCAUUAGAGGCUCGUACAGAGCUAGGGUUUAGGGUUUAG